AUGCAUCCCCGACUACGUGGCAUUCGACCACCCAAUCUGUAUAAAAGGGUCCCCGGCGGUGGAAGAGGGCACGCAUCCAACCCUUCGUUCAAGCCCCAGUCGGAUUCCGCAGCCAGGAUGAAGUUGUUCUAUUUCGUCGUUGCCCUCAUGGUCGUCGGUGCUGCCACCGCCCAGUGGCAGGACCUCAUCGGACCGUUCGUCAGCAAGUUGUCUGGGCUGUGGAAGGAAGGGACGGUGGAUUUCCUCGGCCACAGCUGCGAGUACAGCGUGAAACCCCAGAUCUCCAAAUUUAAACUGUAUUACAAGGGGAAGGUGUACUGUCCCGGCUGGUCCAACAUCGUCGGAAAUUCUAAGACCAAGAGCAGGACCGGAGCUAUGAAUGGAGCCAUCGAGGAUUUCGUUAAGAAGGCCAUUCAAAAAGGUCAGGAAGAAAUAUCGUUCUGA